GCUGAAUUUAUUAUCUGGUCCGUCGCGGUUGUGUUUGGACGGCGCUUGGAGGUCAAUAAGCCGCUCAGAAUACCAACGAUCCUUAGGGUGUUUGCUCGAAUUUGAAUACAAUGGAACCAAUCGUGCCUGUGGCCACCGAGCUCUACUGCAAGGAGAAUGCGAAACAGAACCGCACGGAUAUGUACGAUAUCCUGGAUGGGGAUACUCCAUUCCCCAUUUUACGCAGAGGAUGCACCUUCAAUUUUGCCAUUCGCUUCAACCGGGACUACGUUCCGAUCCAGGAUGUUGUCCGAGUCCGAUUUGCCAUCGGUCCAAAACCCAACGUUGUGAGAGGAACAAGGGUUAUUCUGCCCAUCCACCCGAAAACCCGCCGUCUGCCCAAUGACCAGAACCGCUGGUCGAUUUGCCUAAGUCAGAUCAACGAAACGAUCAUCACUGUUCAGGUGUGGAUUCCUGCCUACGCCCCCGUGGGCAUCUGGAAGUGUUCCCUACAAACCAACAUAGCUGGGCAGAAGGAUAAGCGGUUCGACUAUGCGAUCCCCGAUGACAUCUACUUGGUGUUCAACCCCUGGAGCUCUCUGGACGCAGUCUAUAUGGAAAAUGAGGAGGAGCGGCAGGAAUACGUGCUGAGCGAAACGGGGAAGAUAUGGUGUGGCACUUUUAAAAACCCCACGGGAAAGCAUUGGGUUUUUGGGCAGUUUGAUGAUAUCGUGCUGCCUGCCGCAAUGCUCCUGAUGGAGAAGUCUGGACUCGCCCACAGCGACCGAGGCAACCCGGUUCUGAUCACCCGAGCCAUUUCUGCGCUGAUCAACUCAGUGGAUGAUGGUGGUCUUUUGGAGGGCAGAUGGGAUGGACAGUACGAGGACGGCACGUCCCCCUUCGCCUGGACUGGCUCCACUGGGAUAAUGGACCAGUUUCUGCAAUCAGGAGGAAUGUCCGUCAAGUAUGGACAGUGUUGGGUGUUUGCUGGCGCCACCGUUACCGUCUGCAGAGCGUUGGGCAUCCCAUGCAGAGCCACAACCAAUUACGUAUCCGCACACGACACCAACGCCUCAAUGACGGUGGAUAAAUUUUUCGAUAUAUUCGGCAACAAAAUCGAGGAAAGCGACGAGAUUGACUGCAGGGAUUCCUGCUGGAACUUCCACGUGUGGAACGAUGUGUGGAUGUCCAGGCCCGAUCUGCCUCAAGGGUAUGGCGGCUGGCAAAUUAUCGAUGCCACGCCCCAAGAGACAAGCGACAAGGUCUUCAGGUGUGGCCCUGCUUCAGUGGCAGCAGUUAAAAAAGGCGAAGUUGGGUACCUCUACGACACCCCGUUUGUCUUCUCCGAAGUGAAUGCCGAUAUUGUGCACUUCAAGGAGGAUGAGGAGUCGGAUUGGGGAUUUAGCCGAAUGUCGAUCAACAAGUAUCACGUUGGCAGAAAAAUACUCACAAAACGCAUCGGUGUCUUCGACAGCGACGCUGAUUCGGACCUAUGGGACAUCACAGACUUCUAUAAAAACCCGGAAAAUACUCCAGCUGAGCGCUUAGCAGUCUACAAUGCUGUUCGUGGCAUCCCCAAGGCCCAACAAUUCUACGAAAUCCCUUCGGAUGAUAAGAACGAUGUGAUUUUCGACCUGAUUGAUAUCGAUACUGUGCCUUUGGGCCAGAGCUUUGAUGUUGUGGUGGAAAUCGAGAAUAAAUCGUCCCAAGAGCGCACGAUUAGUGCGGUUUUAACCGCUGGAGCUGUGCUCUAUACUGGCGCAGCCGCUGGGGACAUUAAGAGAUCCCAGGGCAAAUUUAAGAUUGACGCUGGCAAAAAGGACACGCUGCAAAUCAAAGUCACUCCCGAUGAGUACUUGGACAAGUUGGUCGAUCAUGGCUUGAUCAAGAUCUACGCCAUUGCCAGCGUGGAAGAAACCAAGCAAACAUGGAGCGAAGAAGAUGAUUUCACCAUGACUUUGCCUGCUCUCAAUUUCACUAUGCCCGGCUCUUGCAAAGUGCUAGAGCCCUGCGAAUUUCAAUUCGGGUUCAAAAACCCAUUGGAUAUCGCGCUCACUGACUGCGUUUACACCAUCGAGGGUCCAGGGCUGCAAAAACCGAAACUCGUCAACUUCCGCAAUGUGGAACCGCAAGAAACCGUCAAUUUCAGCCAUGAGUUUACAGCGCGGAAAAUCGGCCAAAGGAAAAUCGUCGUCAGCUUCACGAGCAAGCAGAUCCAGAACAUCACAGGUAGCAAGAAGAUUGAGAUCGAAUAAUUCACAGUGAAUGAGGUUCAACAGAUGUUUCAUUCUUAAAUAUAUUUUUUUAUUAAUAAAGUUAUCCGGCGCAUUGGGAAUUGAAGGGUUCAUAUCCCCAAUUUUCCACUAAAGAGCAAAUAAGUCGACUUGAACUGGAUGGAAUAGGACAGACAGUCUCACUUUAAAUAGGAGACCACUAAAUGCAUAAAAUUGAGGCAAAAGUAGAGCAAAAUUUGGAAAUGUGUAAAACUUCAAACACUCCCGAAGCCUUGUUUUGUGGGCGAAAUAAAGUGCAGGUUUCGAGAGUUUUGUUUUCAGUUUCAGUCUCCGGCUUCAGAUGUAGCGAAAUAAAGGGGUGUUCUCUUCUGAUGAGCCCUAAAAGUCUCGAAAAUAAACAUUAUUUUUGAAA